AUGCCCGACGUCGAGCUGGAAUCGCAGUUCCUCUUGAAUCAAAUGAUUGAAAAUCUGCCCAAAAAUCAAGCCCUCGUCAAAAAGAUCAACGCGGUGAUGUUGAUGAAUUUCGAGAAAGACGGAAAACUCGCUAAACAGUACACUUUCGAUUUCCGUGUGAAAAGUCCGUCGAUUCACGAGGGAGACGACGGAAAUGCCAAUGUAACAAUCAACACUGAUGAUGCUGAUUUUGUGAAACUAUGCUUUGGACAAUUAGAUACGGCAAAGGCCUUUAUGACCCGCCGCAUACGAAUCACCGGCAAUAUGGCGCUUCUGCAACGGAUUCAAGCCGUCCUCAAGUCCGUGCAAAACAAUUCCGCGAAAGAGAAAAGCAAAUUA